UUGGUGUUCACUGUUCGUCGUUACCGAAGCAAUAAUACUUUUUGGAAGUCAUCAAGUUUUCCUUGCAUACAUGUGUUCAAAUUUGGAAAAAAUUAUUUAACAAUCUAUUCGAGUUUUAAUUAAAAAUUUCGUUUCACUUCAGUUUGUUUCGUUCACAAAAAUUUUCUCUCAAAACAAAAAAUAGCCAAAAAUAAAAAACUUGAUUUGGAUAUAGUAAAAAAAUCCUGAUUAAAUAAAAUUCGUUAAAACUAAGAACCGAUUUCGAAGCCGAGUUGCUAUUGCAAAAAGCGUAAAGAGGAAAACACAACAACAAGCGAUACAACGAUAUAUUUACAUAUUUCCAAACGAAGAGAACCUUGCUGUUGCGAAACUCAGUCAAGAGUCCGUAGACGUCGUCAAGGAAUUACAUUUGCAAUAAUAGCAACGCCGUCGCAGUAUUACGUUUAUAAAUACAUCAACGACGAUACGAACGCAUCUGCUGUUUAUCAGCCGACAACCGAUCGGAGCCGCUAGUGAUCGAGUAAUAAAUUUUGUAAUACGCCAGCACUAAGAAAAUAGGCCAACGAAACAAUUUGCAACUCCAAAGAAGUGCAAGAGGCAUUGUCUCAGCUUCAGUUGAAAGCUAGGCUGAAGAAUUGUUCGUGGGAGCAGCGCUGCCAGUGGGACUUUGGUAGCUGUUUUUCUCUCGGCCGCCCAUAAACGACUACAAUUUUUGUUGGCUUUGCAAUUGCAGACAGUAUUUGCGGAGUACGCAGCACACUUUCGCUUUUAGUAACUGUUUAAGAGUAUUUAUCAUACGUAUAGUAUAAACUAAGUAUUCCGGCCUUCUGUCUAAUUGCCACACUCGAAUAGAUUGCGUUUGCUACUGUACAUUUGAUUGGUAUUCGUGUCAUGAUGUUUCAGAGCGAUUUCCAUAGAAAGAAAAAUUUCGCAAAUCCUAAUUUGUUCAAUAAUUCCACAGCUACGGAAAAGACUGCACCAGCUGCGCAGCCAACUCCUGCUAGUGGUCGUCCAGAUUCGAAGGAGGAGAACAAGGAGCCAGAAGAAGUACGUACAGAACAUCUCUUUAAGCAUCCUUUGCAAAAUACCUGGACUUUAUGGUACUUGGAGAAUGAUCGCUCGAAAUCUUGGGAAGAUAUGCAGAACGAAAUAACCAGUUUUGAUACAGUAGAAGAUUUUUGGAGCCUCUACAACCACAUCAAACCACCAUCUGAUAUCAAACUGGGCAGUGAUUACUCGCUGUUCAAGAAAGGCAUCAGACCAAUGUGGGAGGAUGCGGGUAACAAACAAGGCGGCCGCUGGGUAAUUACACUCAAUAAGAGUUCGAAGGCAGACUUGGAUAACUUAUGGCUUGAUGUUCUCCUUUGUUUAAUUGGUGAGGCGUUUGAUCAUUCAGAUGAGGUUUGCGGAGCUGUUGUUAACAUACGUGGAAAAAAUAAUAAAAUUUCUAUUUGGACGGCUAAUGGCAAUAACGAAGAAGCCGCAUUGGAAAUCGGGAAUAAACUGAGGGAAGCCUUGCGUUUGGGUCGUCAAAAUUUGCAAUAUCAACUACACAAGGACACAAUGGUCAAACAGGGUUCGAGUGUAAAAUCGAUUUAUACUUUAUAAAAAAAAAAGUGUGCGGAUUCGCUUGUGUAGACUAAAUGUACCUCGACACACUCGCACACAAUCGCAAAAACAUCAGUUAAUCGAGUCGAGCAAAUAUGCUAAUAUGCUACGAAUGAAUUUUUAAGUUAAUUAAAAAAAUUGAACUAUAAAAAAAAUUUAAGAACUACAAAACAAAAAAAAAAAAUACAAAAAAAAAAAACAAAAAAAAAAAAAAAUACAAUAAAACCCAGAUAAUCGACCCAGCCGUUGCAAGUAAUCCAUAUUAAUAUUUAUUUGAAAAUGUGUAUUUUAUUGAUACUGCGAAUGUGUUCUAAAGAACACGUAAUGAAUGGUAGCUGGAUAGCAAGCAAGGAGCGGAAUGUCAUUGAAACCCACACACCAAUAAACAAACAUCAAAACAAUACAUUUGCUAAACAAAUUAUACAACACAACUUUGUUAAAUGAAAAUAUAAUACAAAUUUGUUUUACCAUAGGAGAGAUGAGAGCAGAAGUUGGCAAAUGCAAAUGCAAAUGCGUCGCCUACGACAGCCAAAUUAGUGACGCUGGAAUGUGCAGUAAUAUAACAUAAUUGAAUUAAACAGAAAUGUAUUUGUAAUUUUGAAGAUGCGCCAAAUAUGCCAUUGCAAGCAGAAGUUUUAGCUAUAAUAUCAGAAAUAUUCAUACAUGUAAACAAGCCAAAGAGCUUGCUUUAAACUUGAAAAUUUUCCAGAUUGAAUGCUUGUGUUUUUGUUGUCGUAACAGCAUAAAUAUUCCCCCCAAUACUGCUGUAGUGACAGUCCUAGGUCGAAUAUAAAUCGGUGUCGUUCUGGUAACGUAGAACCCGCUGCGGUGUAACUGUCGUCACUACUGUGAACAUCGCUUAGAACGCAUAGAAUUGUAGUCAUUAGCGAAUCCUAUGCGUGUUUUGUAUAAACGAAUAUGAAAUUAAAUCUAAUAAAUAUGAUAAAAUAUAUACUAA